AUGGCGGCGCCGGUCCCCGCCGGGUUCCAGUUCGCCAUCGACCGCGGCGGCACCUUCACCGACGUCUUCGCCCGCUGCCCCGGCGGCCGCGUCCGCGUCCUGAAGCUGCUCUCCGAGGACCCGAGCUACGGCGACGCCCCCACCGAGGGCAUCCGCCGCGUCCUGCAGGAGGAGAGCGGGGUGCCGGUGCCACGCGAGCGCCCGCUGGACACGUCCCGCAUCGAGUGGAUCCGCAUGGGCACCACGGUGGCCACCAACGCGCUGCUGGAGCGCCGGGGCGAGCGCGUGGCCCUGCUCGUCACCCGCGGCUUCCGCGACCUCCUGCACAUCGGCACCCAGGCGCGCCCGCGCAUCUUCGACCUGGAGGCGGCGAUGCCCGCGGCGCUGUACGAGGAGGUGAUCGAGGUGGACGAGCGGCUCAUCCCGCAGCAGCCUGGCUGCCGCCUGCCCGGCUCCGAGGCGCUGCCGCGGCUGGCAGGCUGCACCGGGGACACCCUGCUGCUGUGGCGGCCCCUGGACCUGACGGCGCUGCGGCGGGAGCUGGAGCGGGUGCUGGCACGCGGCAUCCGCAGCCUGGCCGUGCUGCUGCUGCACUCCUACGCCUGGCCGGGCCACGAGGAGCAGGUGGGGGCCUUGGCGCGGGAGCUGGGCUUCCAGCACGUGUCCCUGUCCUCGGCGGUGACGGCGAUGGCGCGGGCGGUGCCGCGGGGGCACACGGCGUGCGCCGACGCCUACCUCACGCCCUGCAUCCGCCGGUACCUCGACGGCUUCUGCGCCGGCUUCGCCGAGCGGCUGCAGGGCGUCCCGGUGCUCUUCAUGCGCUCCGACGGCGGCCUGACACCCAUGCAGCACUUCAGCGGUGCCCGCGCCGUGCUGUCGGGGCCUGCGGGCGGUGUGGUGGGCUACGCCGUCACCACGUACCGGCACCAGGACGGGCAGCCCGUCAUCGGCUUCGACAUGGGGGGCACCUCGACGGACGUGAGCCGCUACGCCGGGGAGUACGAGCACGUCUUCGAGGCCACCACGGCCGGCGUCAGCAUCCAGGCACCGCAGCUCGACAUCAACACGGUGGCGGCCGGGGGGGGCUCCAUGCUGUUCUUCAGGUCCGGGCUCUUUGUGGUCGGCCCCGAGUCAGCCGGUGCCCACCCCGGCCCCGCCUGCUACCGGAAGGGGGGGCCGCCGACCGUCACCGACGCCAACCUGUGCCUGGGCCGCCUGCUGCCCGAGUUCUUCCCCCGCAUCUUCGGGCCGGGCGAGGACCAGCCGCUGUGCCGCGAGGCCGCGCUGCGGGCGCUGCAGGGCCUGGCCGCCCGGGUGGGCGCCGGCGCGCCCGGCCAGCAGCCGAUGUCGGUGGAGGAGGUGGCCAUGGGCUUCAUCCGCGUGGCCAACGAGGCCAUGUGCCGGCCCAUCCGCGCCCUGACGCAGGCGCGAGGCCAUGACACCUCCCGCCACGUGCUGGCCUGCUUUGGGGGCGCGGGGGGACAGCACGCCUGCGCCAUCGCCCGUGCCCUGGGCAUGAAGAAGGUUUUCAUCCACAAGUACAGCGGGGUGCUGUCGGCGUACGGGAUGGCGCUGGCAGACGUGGUGCACGAGGCGCAGGUGCCGUGCGCCCUCCGCUACGAGCCAGCCGCCUUCGCCCAGCUGGACGAGCGCAUCGCCGCGCUGGAGCAGGAGUGCCGGCAGGCGCUGGCAGCCCAGGGCUUCUCCAGCGACCAGAUCCGGACCGAGGCGUUCCUGCACCUGCGCUACGAGCGCACCGACUGCGCCCUGAUGUGCUCGGCCAAGGGGCACCCCCCGACCCCCCGCUCCUGCCGUGCCGGGGACUUCGCCACCGCCUUCACCAGCCGGUACAGGACGGAGUUUGGCUUCACCAUCCCCGACCGCGCCGUGGUGGUGGAUGACGUGCGGGUGCGCGGCACCGGCAGCACCAGCAUCAGCUGCGAGAGCCCGCUGGCACCCAGCGGGGAGCCGCCGCGUGUGGAGGCGGUGACGCGGUGCUACUUCGAGGAGGGGUACCUGGAGACGCCGGUGUUCCUGCUGGAGCAGCUCUCCUGCGACCACUCUAUCCCCGGCCCUGCCAUCAUCAUCGACAAGAACAGCACCAUCCUGGUGGAGCCGGGCUGCACCGCCAGCCUGACGGAGCUCGGCGACGUCUGCAUCGCCGUGGGCUCGGGGCGGCCGAGCGCCGUGGGCACGCAGCUCGACCCCGUGCAGCUCUCCAUCUUCUCCCACCGCUUCAUGAGCAUCGCAGAGCAGAUGGGCCGGAUCCUGCAGCGCACGGCCAUCUCCACCAACAUCAAGGAGCGCCUGGACUUCUCCUGCGCCCUUUUUGGGCCGGACGGGGGGCUGGUGUCCAACGCCCCCCACAUCCCCGUGCACCUGGGCGCCAUGCAGGAGACCGUCCAGUUCCAGAUCCGCAGGCUGGGGGACGACCUGCGGGAGGGGGACGUGCUCCUGAGCAACCACCCCUGCGCCGGGGGCAGCCACCUGCCCGACCUGACCGUCAUCACCCCCGUCUUCUGGCCCGGCGUCCCCAAGCCCGUCUUCUUCGUGGCCAGCCGCGGGCACCACGCGGACAUCGGGGGCAUCACGCCCGGCUCCAUGCCCCCCCACUCCAAGGCGCUGCACGAGGAGGGGGCCGUCUUCGUCUCCUUCAAGCUGGUGAAGGACGGCGUCUUCCAGGAGGAAGCGGUGACUGAGGCCCUGAUGGCGCCGGGCCGCGUGGCGGGCUGCAGCGGGACCCGCAACCUGCAGGACAACCUCUCGGACCUGCGGGCGCAGGUGGCUGCCAACCAGAAGGGCAUCCAGCUGGUGGCCGAGCUCAUCGGCCUCUACGGCCUCGGCGUGGUGCAGGCGUACAUGGGCCACAUCCAGGCCAACGCGGAGCUGGCCGUGCGCGAGAUGCUGAGGGGCUUCGCCGCCCGCUGGGGCGCAGCCGUGGAGGCUGAGGACCGCAUGGACGACGGCUCCCCCAUCCGGCUGCGGGUGCAGGUGGACCCCCAGGAGGGCAGCGCCGUGUUCGAUUUCUCGGGCUCCGGGCACGAGGUGUACGGGAACUGCAACGCGCCCCGCGCCAUCACGCUCUCGGCCCUCAUCUACUGCCUGCGCUGCAUGGUGGGGCAGGACAUCCCGCUCAACCAGGGCUGCCUGGCCCCCGUGCACGUCGUCAUCCCCAAGGGCUCCAUCCUGGACCCCUCGCCCGAUGCCGCCGUGGUGGGGGGCAACGUGCUGACCUCGCAGCGGGUGGUGGACGUCAUCUUCAAGGCUUUCGGGGUCUGCGCUGCCUCCCAGGGCUGCAUGAACAACGUCACCUUCGGGAACGAACGCGUGGGCUACUACGAGACGGUGGCGGGGGGCGCGGGGGCUGGUCCCCGCUGGCACGGCCGCAGCGGGGUGCACACGCACAUGACCAACACGCGCAUCACCGACCCCGAGGUCCUGGAGCAGCGGUACCCCGUGGUCCUGCAGCGCUUCGAGCUGCGCUGCGGCUCGGGGGGUGCCGGGCGCUUCCGGGGGGGCGACGGCGUGUGCCGGGAGCUGCUCUUCCGCCAGGACAUGGUGCUGUCGGUGCUGAGCGAGCGCCGCGCCAUCCAGCCCUACGGCCUGCGAGGCGGCAGCCCCGGCGCCCUGGGCCUCAACCUGCUGCUGCGCCGCGACGGGCGAGCCAUCAACCUGGGCGCCAAGACAUCGGUGCCGGUGCAGCCGGGGGACGUCUUCUGCCUGCAGACCCCCGGUGGGGGUGGCUUCGGGCCCCCUGGGGGUGCCGGGGACGCCGAGGAUGGUGCGGAGCCGCCGGCUCCCCGGAGCUUUGCGGAGCGCGGGAGCCUCUUCGAGUACCGGCGGGCGCAGGAGGCCGUGUGA